AUGAAAACCAUCCUCUUGAUCCUGAAAGAUUGGUCAGAUUGGCUCAGCUCAGUGAUGAAAAAGCAUGGAAGCUGUGGUAUAUUGGUGGCUGAGUCAGAAAGCCAGCCACCAGGCCUGUGUUUUAUAUUUAUAUGUCAGGUCCCAUUAGCAGACAGUAAGGCCGGGCAAAUGAAUGCAAGACCCUUUGCUCUUUGUCACUUCAUUAUCACAUCAAGAGGUAACAAACCCAAUGAAAUAGUUACAGUUUAUAGUUAUGAUUACUGUGCCUGUAUAGAUGCAUCUAUAUACCCAGGAACAGUAAAUACAAUAAAAUAA